GACACGGCCAGUCAGUCAGACACUCACCGCAGUAACACAGCUGUCUGUUUGUUUAGAAGCCGCUGGAUUUAUCAGAGAAGAGGAUCUAGAGAGAAAGAGUCUUCCAGAUUUCGCGCGAUGGAAAACUCGACCCUCAACAACCGCUUCAGGACUGCGCUCUUCAGCCACGAGGAUGAGAUGGCAGAGUGUACAGUAGCCCCAGUAGCCAUGGAGGACAGUGACCGUGAAGCCGACUCGGCGUCAGAUGAGCAGGACUCUGUGCCAGCGUCACCUGAGCCCAGGGCGCAUGAAGUGGAAAAGCACUUCCCUAAGGAAGACUCGGAGGACUCAGAGCUGGAGCACAUCCUGGGACAUCACCCGCCCAGAGAGGGCCACCCGUUCGCCCACCACGGGUAUCAUAAGGCCGAUAGUGAGGGUGAGGGUCACAGCAGACCCCACACCCCGGGAACACCCACCUUCCUGAGGCCCGCGGCGGCGCCCAGGGGCCCUGGAGAGUUAGAGCACGAGUCCAGACACGGGGCUCCGCGGGGCCACGUGGACUUUAGCCUGCUGUCUCCCAUCAGCCCAUCCAGGCCUAAAAGCCCCUGGGGUUGCUACGACCCCUAUGAAUCUGCUGAGGACCAGGACAAGGAGUAUGUGGGAUUUGCGACUUUGCCAAAUCAGGUUCACCGCAAAUCCGUGAAGAAGGGCUUUGACUUCACUUUAAUGGUAGCAGGAGAGUCCGGUUUAGGAAAGUCCACCCUGGUCAACAGUCUGUUCCUGACAGAUCUCUACAAAGACAGGAAGCUGCUGAAUGCUGAAGAGAGGAUCACUCAGACGGUGGAGAUCACCAAACACACAGUGGACAUCGAGGAGAAGGGCGUCAAACUGAAGCUCACUAUCGUGGACACACCAGGAUUCGGGGAUGCUGUCAAUAACACUGAGUGCUGGAAGUCAGUGGCAGACUACAUCGACCAGCAGUUUGAGCAGUACUUCAGAGACGAGAGCGGACUGAACCGCAAGAACAUUCAGGAUAACCGCGUGCACUGCUGUCUCUACUUCAUCUCACCCUUCGGUCACGGGUUACGGCCUCUGGAUGUGGAGUUUAUGAAGGCUCUUCAUGAGAAGGUCAACAUUGUUCCUGUACUUGCUAAAGCCGACACACUCACCCCAACGGAGGUCAAGAGAAAGAAAAUCAAGAUCCGGGAGGAGAUCGAACAGUACGGAAUAAAGAUCUACCAGUUUCCAGACUGUGAUUCAGACGAGGAUGAGGACUUCAAACAGCAAGACCAAGAGCUCAAGGACUGCAUUCCCUUCGCCGUGAUCGGCAGUAACACAGUAGUGGAAGCCAAAGGCAAGAGGGUUCGAGGACGUCUGUACCCCUGGGGAAUAGUAGAAGUGGAGAACCCAGCGCACUGUGACUUCGUGAAGCUGAGGAACAUGUUGGUCCGAACACACAUGCAGGACCUGAAGGACGUGACCCGAGAAACCCACUACGAGAACUACAGAGCGCACUGCAUCCAGAGCAUGACCCGCAUGGUGGUGAAAGAGCGCAACCGCAACAAACUGACCAGGGAGAGCGGCACCGACUUCCCCAUUCCCAUGGUGCCCGGCGCCACCGACACCGAGACGGAGAAGCUCAUCCGCGAGAAAGACGAGGAGUUGAGGCGGAUGCAGGAGAUGCUGCAGAAGAUCCAGGAGCAGAUGCACACGCAGAGAGAGUAUUAACGUGCUUACUUCACUGUAACAUCUGAGAAAUACCACGGUAUCACCCGAGUGAGUGAGCCGUCCCUGUCAGAAGAGAUUACACCAGGCCUCACACCCCACUCAAACAUGUCUGGGUCACAUUUCACCCCAAAAUAACAAAAACAAGAACAGAACAGAACAAAACAUGAACUAUAACAUUACUUUCUUUAUAAUGAAUAAUAUUUAAAUCCCAAAUUAUAAGGUAAUAUAUAUAUAUAUAUAAAGAAAAAGAAAAUUGAAACUCACUGCAGUGCAUAUAGACGUUACUUAUAAAUGAUUACUUAUUAAGAUUAUUUAUUUAUUUUUGAUCAUUUUAAUUGUUAUUAUUGGUAAUGGUGUAUUACAAUGUUUAUUCUGUUUCAAAUAUAUGUAUUGUGUUUAACUAUAUAUAUAAUUUUGGGUUGAAAUUUAACCCAGGCAUGUUGAUAUGAAUCGAUGGAACAUUUUCAAUGCACAAAACAUUCUUUAUAGUGGAAAAAGGUUCUUUAGAUUAUUACAAUGUUCUGCACAUUUGCAACUUUUUUAAGAACUGAUCACUGAAAGGUUCUUUGAGGAACCCAGAAUGGUUAUUCAGUGUCAUCAGUGCAUCGUUUGGAAGCUUUAUUCUGUCUGACGGUCUUUUAAUGAAAUAUAUAGAUGUUCUUGUGUAAAUCUGACGUGGGUGUAAAGCAGACUCUCGUUGUGUGAAGGCGUCUGGCCCCGGGGCCCUUGAACCUCUCUGCUCGUUGUCCAGCUUGUGUUUCUACCCCAGGAUUGUUUUAGAAUUGCUUGAUAUCAUAGGAUAGAUACAAUGUAAUUAUUUAAGUUUUUUUUUUUUUUUUUUUUUUUAACAAUGUGUAACUUUAUUUUGUACUUUUAUUAAUUGCAUUGGCUGUAAUGUAUUGUAUGUCUUUGGUUUUGUUUGUAUUUCUAUGCAAAACUGCAAAAGCUUAUUUUGGAAAGUUUUUUAACAACACUUUUAUUUUCUUAUUGGAGAAAUAAAGUACUGUAGAGAGAUAUUUUUGUUAACACAGCUAACACCUGUAUGAUUUCUCCUCUGGAUGAGACGCUCCAGUCUUGAGAAGCGUGUGAUUCUGUCUUCAUGAGCCGUUUCUGAUUGUGCUGCGAUGUUCAGUGUCUGUGAUCUAGACGUGGACUUACAGUCCUCAGGAAUAAAAUGAUAAUUCUCCCACAUGAUUAAUAUCUUCUUGGGUAAUAUUGGUGAAACGGAGAACACUGUUAGCAAACAGCUUUGUUCUGAAAACUGUGGGGUCAGCGGUGAGUGAAUAAACACAUUCACUAUGGA